GUGCUGUACCCCAACUUGGCUGAGCUGGAGAACUACAUGGGGCUCGCUCUCUCCAGUGAAGAGAUCCAGAAGAACCUGCUCACAGAAGGCAGCACAGCCCUGACCCCCGCCGGGCCCUCCCCGGGACAGUUGGUGGCCCCUCUGACUGGGAACAACGCGGGGCUGCGGCGGGCAGAGAUCAAGCCGGGUGUGCGGGAGAUCCACCUCUGCAAGGACGAGCGGGGGAAGACGGGGCUGCAGCUCAAGAACGUCGACCAGAUUCCUGUGCCGCCCUUCCAGCGCACAGUCACCGUGCACAAGGACAGCACCGGCCACGUCGGCGUGGUGGUCAAGAAGGGGAAAAUCGUCUCGCUGGCCAAGGACAGCUCUGCCGCCCGCAACGGGCUCCUCACCCACCACUGCAUCUGCGAGGUGAAUGGCCAGAAUGUCAUCGGCAUGAAGGAUAAGCAGCUCACGGAGGUGCUGGCAGGGGCCGGGAAUGUGGUCACAUUGACCAUCAUCCCCACUGUGAUCUACGAGCACAUGGUGAAACGGCUGUCAGCGGGGCUGGUGAAGUCAUCCAUGGACCACUCCAUCCCUGACCUCUGA